AUGGCGUCGGAAGAUUCCGCGCCCUCAUCGCCGGCGUCUGAUCUGCACACCGGAGGGUCGGAAAGACCCCCAUGGCUGGACCUCCUGAGAGCCCUGCCCACCAAGGGAGACCUCCGUUCGGCCACCUCAGAAUUGGGAGCCACAAUCAGGCAGGACAUCCAGGCGCUGAGAGCUGACCUGCAGGGCCUGACAGACCGGAUGAGCCACGUGGAGGCAGCCUGUGACACUUUGAGAGAGGCCCAGAAUACACUUGCUGAGGCUGCAGAAACCUCCUCAGAACAGGUACGUGGCAUGGCCCUGCAUAUUGAGGACUUGGAUAACAGGGGGCGCCGCAAUAACUUAAGGCUGCGCGGCCUCCCUGAAACUGAGGACUCCCCCCAACAGCUGCAGGAAAGCCUCCUGGAAAUAUUUAAUGGGAUCCUCGGCCGUGAUCACCAG